UUGUUCUUGGUGGAUUUAGUAUGCUCUGUUGGUGGAUUUAGUGUGGUAGAUUGUUGCUGUUGAUUACUAUGUUGUUGCUGGUGGUAGUCACCUGACAGCAAUUAACUGGUAGACUGCUGACAGUGUGGAGAUGAAGGACAGUGUAAUUACCUGAAUUCUGUGAUAGACAGUGUGGUAGACUAUUGUUGCUGUUAAAUUCUGUGGUGAACAUGCUGUUGUUGUUGCCAGACUGCUGACAACAAUUAACUGAACAUGUUGUUGCUGUUGCCAGACUGCUGUUAGAUUACUAUGAUGUUACUGUUGUUAUUCUUGUUGUGGUUACCUGAUGAUGAGUAAUAGCAGAGGAGAGGAGUAUUGCUGUUGUUAUCUGAUUUGGCAUGACUAGUAGAGUAAGUAACUGAUGAGGAGUGUUGCUGUUGUUAUUCUUGUUGUGGUUACCUGAUGAUGAGUAAUAGCAGAGUGUUGUUGAUAUUUUUGCCAUCAGAAAUGUCCUUGUUUUUGCCAUCUGCUGUUGAUGUCUGUGUGGUUGAUUUCUGUGGUGGUCACCUGUUGAUGGUGGUGUUGCUCAAGUCUGUUGAUGUUUUUGCCACUUCUACUCAUUGCCCCUUUGCCAAGAUAUAGUAGGAGCAAAUUGAGGCCAUUGCCAUUUAUAGUAGUAUUCCAAAUUGAGGCCCUGGCAAACACAUGUAGUAAUUAUUCUACUGUUUUGAAGUGCUUGUUUCCUAUUUAUGUCCAGUCUUGUUUAUGGUAACUUGUUGUUUAAUUACAAUGCUGCUUUUCAGAUAAGUGAGAUGGCUGGCUUGGAAGGUUUUGAGUUCUUCGAGAUCGUAAUUGAGAAAUCUUGCAGUAGGCAGAGGCUGCCUGACAAGUUUGCGAAGAUGCUCGCCGGCCAUGAGCCCCACAAAGUGAAGCUGCGGGAGGCCGGCAACGGGCUUCGCAGGCUGUGGGACGUGUUGGUGGUGUUCGAUGGUGAAGGCCACAUGUACAUAGGGCCCGGCCGGGAGCAGUUCGCCCGCGCCCAUGAGCUACAGCUCGGGCACUUCCUUGUCUUCCGCUACGACGGCGACGCCAUGUUCACCGUGAAGAUGUUUGACAACACCAUGUGCCGCAUGUACUACCAGCACGAUGACGAUGCCAGCAAUGGGAGCAGCAGCGGGGAUGACGAGGAGCAGAGCGGGGAUGACGAGGAGCAACCUAUUCUGGCUAACGACGACCCUGCUAUGCGCCGCCCCUCCCCUGCUCCGCCCCGCACCUCCCUGCUCCGCGCCGCCCCGCUCCCACUCCCUCCCCUCCUCCGUGCCGCCCCGCCACGCCGCUGCGCCGCCCCGCCUCGCCGCAGUGCGUCGCCCUCCAUUGACGGCGGCUACAUCGACUACAUCAACGAGGACGGCGGCUACAUCGACUACAUCAACGACGAAGGCGGCUACAUCAACGACGGCGCGAUCGACGACGACCACCGCUGCAUCGUCAACAUCAUCUCCCCCUAG